GGUGCUUUGGAGAAUAGCUUGACACACACCUACACACCCUCCCUCGCUUCUUUGUGGCAGCCCUUCAGAUAUUGGAAGACUGCUAUCAUGUCACCUGUAAUCCUUCUUCUCACACAUACCCACCUUUCUUUGUGUGUUUUAGUCACCAGUCCCCUAAACUGGACUGACUCUGGAUUCAAUCCACAGUUCUCCCCUUGGUUGCAGUCACUGGGACACCCGUUCAUACAACCCUUUAGCUGCUGCAUAUGCAAUGCAUGUCUGAACCCAGUUUUCCUUGUGGACACAGGCAUGGCUUAAUGGAAGAAGUCCAUCAGUGCAUACAACCCGUUGCAGGGAGCCACAGUUGCAGUAUGACCGCCUUGCAGAUGUUCUCCACCGAUCCCUACAGGCUCAACGUGACAGCUGUGAAUCCGCUGGGGACAGCCAGUCAUUUUUCCCACGUUUUCCUGGAUCAGAUCAUCCGGCCAGACCCUCCAGAAAACAUAACGGUCUCCCCAAUCCAAGGGAAGACGAAAACAUUGCUUGUGCAAUGGAAGGCUCCUAGUUCCUGGUUAUAUCCUGAAUAUUUCCCCCUGAAAUAUGUCAUCCGUUAUUCGAGGGACGGAUCCAGGCAAAUCAGAACGACCAGGCCUAUCGAGAAGACCUCCUUUACCCUCAUUGGGAUCCGUUCUGGUGUAAACUACCACAUCCAAGUAGCCGCGAAAGACUUCCUGGAUAACGGAGAAUACAGCGCCUGGAGUCCUCCAGCCUCUGGGGCGUCCUGGCAGCCGGAGUGAGGACUCGGGGCCCUCCAUCCAGUGGUGGGAUUCAAACGAUUUGCACUACUUCAGCAGAACUGGUAGCUAAUUUUUUGUUGCCCAGGCCCAGAAUGGACUUCUGGAAGCGGCAUCCUCCCCCCCCCCUC